AUGGACGCGCUGAGCCGGGCCGGGCCGCGGCCCCGCCGCGCCGCCGCCGCCUCCCCGCUGCCCUGGGGCCGCUUCGCCGCAUGGAUCGACUGCGUGUGUGUGGUGACCUUCGACCUGGAGCUGGGACAGGCCAUGGAGCUGGUGUAUCCCCACGACUUCAGGCUCACCGAGAAGGAGAAAACGAGCAUCUGCUACCUGUCCUUCCCAGACUCCUACUCAGGUGGCCUCGGGGACACGCAGUUCAGCUUCCGGCUGCGCCAGGCCGGCGGCUCCCGGAGCUCCCCGUUCCAGGAUGAUGGCCGCUACAACCGGGAGGCGCCGCUCACGCUGCAGCGAGAGGCUGCUCACUAUUUCGGGUACGUGUACUUCCGGCAGGUCAAGGACAGCUCCAUGAGGAGGGGCUACUUCCAGAAGUCCCUGGUGCUCGUGUCCCGCCUUCCCUACGUGAACCUGUUCCAGUGCCUGCUGCAGCUGAUUGCUCCGGAAUACUUCGACAAGCUGGAGCCCUGCCUGGAGGCAGUGUGCAACGAGAUCGACCAGUGGCCACCGCCGGUGCCUGGCCAGACCCUGAACCUGCCCGUGAUGGGAGUUGUCAUCCAGGUGAGGAUCCCAUCCCGGGUGGACAAGCCAGGCUCCAGCCCAGUGAAGCAGUGCAACCAGGAGAAUCUGUUACCAGCCCCCCUGGUUCUCCCCAGUGUUCAUGAGCUGGAUCUGUUCAGGUGCUUCCAGCCAGUGCUGAUCCACAUCCAGAUGCUGUGGGAGCUGAUGCUGCUGGGGGAGCCCAUGGUGGUGAUGGCACCGUCCCCAACCAUGUCCUCGGAGAUGGUCCUGGCCCUCACCAGCUGCCUGGCCCCGCUGCGUUACUGCUGCGAUUUCCGGCCCUACUUCACCAUCCACGACAGCGAGUUCAAGGAAUACACCACGCGCACCCAGGCCCCGCCCAACAUCGUCGUGGGCGUCACCAACCCCUUCUUCAUCAAGACCCUGCAGCACUGGCCGCACAUCCUGCGGGUGGGCGAGCCCCGCAUGUCAGGAGACCUGCCCAAGCAGGUGAAGGUGAAGAAGCUGGCCAAGCUGAAGACCCUGGACACCAAACCAGGAAUCUACACUUCCUAUAAAACAUUCCUUCACAAAGACAAAACCCUGAUCAAAAGGCUGCUGAAGGGCAUCCAGCGGAAGCGCCCCUCGGAGGUGCAGAGCGCUCUGCUGAGGAGGCACCUCCUGGAGCUCACCCAGAGCUUCAUCAUCCCUCUGGAGCAUUACAUGGCCAGCCUGAUGCCUCUGCAGAGAGCCAUCACUCCGUGGAAGAAUCCCCCCCAGAUCCGCCCGUUCUGCCAGGAGGAUUUCAUGAAGAGCCUGGAGCACGCUGGCCCCCAGCUCACCUGUGUGCUCAAGGGGGACUGGCUGGGGCUCUACAGGCGAUUCUUCAAGUCCCCCAACUUCGACGGUUGGUUCCGGCAGCGGCACCGCGAGAUGACCCAGAAGCUCGAGGCCCUGCACCUGGAGGCCAUCUGUGAGGCGGACAUCGUGGCCUGGAUGAAGGACAAGUCCGAGGUGGAGAUUGUGGACCUGGUGCUGAAGCUGCGGGAGAAGCUGGUGAGGGCUCGCUGCCAGCACCUGCCCGUGAAGGACGAGACCCUGCAGAGGGUGGGUCUCUACAUCGACACCAUCAUCGGCUCGCUGCCCGAGGACCUGCAGACUGUGCUGCACCACCCCUGAGCCGGGGGGCUCCUGGAGACCCUCCCCAGGCUGUGCCAGCCCGCUGCAGCCGCUGGGGCAGCUCCGGCCCGGCCGGCCGGGAUGGCGCUCGGAGCGCGGGGCGGAGCCGGGAUCGCUCCCGGAGCUGGGCUGGGGCUGUCCCGCGGCACCGGCCCCUGGGGGCGCCGGCAGGGCAGGGGCACCGCCCGGACACUCCGUCCUUACCCGUGCUUGGAUCCUCGGCAUUCCCGCAGCCCCGUCCCGCCCGGCAGAAGCAGGAGCAGCCCUGCAGGGGCUGUGCUCAGGGCAGCUCCUGGGGACGGGCAGGAGGUGACAGUACUGUCCCUGCCCCUGCACCGCCGGGGGAGCAGGAGGAGGAAGUGCUGGACAUGGACAAUUGCUGCUCUGUUUCUCCAGGGCAGAGCCAGAGGAGGGGCUGGAGCAUCCGCAGGGAUCAGAGCUCCCCGGAGGGCCUGGGAAGGGCUGCUGGGAGGAGCUGGCCCCAAAUCCUAUUUAUUCUGCUUGAAAACCCAGCCUGAGCUCCAGGGACACAGCGGGGCUGGGGCUCUGCCCGAGGCACUGGGAGAGCUCGUGCCAGCCCCUGCCCAAUAAAGCCUGGAGAAGCUGAUUUCACAGCCUGUG